AUGAACGAUGCCGGUCUGGCAUUCUUUGAAAAUUCCAAGUUCGCUCUCAACAUGAUAUCGAUCCUGGGCCUCGGCCUCGUCAAAAUGUCCAUCCUCGUUUUGUACCUCAACCUCUUCCCCAGCCCCACGUUCAAAUGGGUUACUUGGGGCAUAAUGGGAUACGUUGGCGUGUGGACCAUCAGCUUCUUCUUCUCGCAUCUCUUCACCUGCUAUCCGAUCACCACGUUUAUCGACUUCUUCGAGGACAAGACUUGCGUCAACCAGACGGCCAUGUUCCUCACAGUACUAUACACAAACGUCAUCGCCGACUUCGUCAUCCUGAUUUUGCCAGUUCCCAUGAUCAUGGGUCUCCAGCUGCAGUUCAAGACGAAAAUGGCGGUCAUUGGCAUGCUCAGCUUGGGCGCUGCUACCUGCGCCAUUAGUGUCACACGCGUGCUUGCCAUCACCAGCGUUGCGAGCGAAUACGUGCGCCAUCCCAACGAUAUCAUCUAUUACACGGCACCUGUCUUCUACUGGACCAACAUCGAGCUCUCCAUGGCCGUCGUGUGCGCCUGCCUUCCGACCCUGCGACCAAUCUGGACACACUUCUACCCCAAGAAGACGGCGACGGGAAACAACUCGUACGAAUACGGCUACAGCGGCUCGAACAGCAGGAAGGGAACGGGCAGGAACAACAUCCGCAGCACGCCGUACACGGAGAUCGACGAGAUGGAACUGAACCCGACCGGUGCCAAGAGUGAAAACCCGGCGUACCUGGACCAGCCAAACCGUCAGGGAUCUAGGCACAUCGUCAAGCAGACCGUGAUCGCUCAGACGGUGGAUGAUGUCGAGGACAGCUCUAGCACCACGGACUUGCGGCCAACCGAGCAAGGGAGGUGGAAUGGCGGAUAUGGUCGUGGCGUGUAA